AAUUAUUACCGUCAACUGGGUGUGUCAAUCUACUCAACUUGUACUCAACUUGCAGCAAGCUACCUUUGCUAACUAACUCUUGAACUCGAUCUCCUUCAUUCACACUCCAGUCAGUCAAUAUGUCAUUUGAAACGCUUGUCGAGAGAGCCAAGGUCGCCGAGCAGGCAGAAAGAUACGAUGAUAUGGCUAAGGCUAUGAAGGAGUUUGUAGAGUCUAAGAAAGCUGGUGGGGAAUCUCCUUGCAAUAUUUCCUCUGGUGAAAGGAAUCUCUUGUCUGUGGCGUACAAAAAUGUUGUAGGCACUCGCCGAAGUGCGUGGAGAGUGAUCUCUAGUAUUAGUCAAAAGAAAGAGACGGAAAUUAACAAAGAAUACUUGAAAACGAUUGAGAAAGAGUUAAAAGAUAUCUGCGAUGAAGUCAUUGCACUUCUUGAUGAUGUACUCAUUCCCAAGCAAAACGACCAAGAGUGCAAAGUUUUCUAUUCUAAGAUGAAAGGUGACUACUGCCGAUAUCUUGCAGAAGUUGCGGAAGGAGACGUCAGAGAUAAAGCUGUUGGUAAUGCUGGGGAAGCUUAUGAAGCUGCCUCUACCGCAGCUAAAGAUUUGCCCUCAACUCACCCGAUCAGACUCGGUCUGUCUCUCAACUAUUCUGUGUUCCACUACGAGAUUAAGAGUAACAGCGAUGAAGCUUGCAAGCUUGCUAAAAGUGCAUUUGAUGAUGCUAUUGCUGAGCUUGACCAGUUGAAGGAGGACUCUUACAAGGACAGUACUCUCAUCAUGCAGCUACUCAGGGACAACCUCACUUUGUGGACGUCUAAUGACGGUGGAGAGGAGGAAGAAGAGGAGCAGGACUAGUUAUUAAUUGCUUAGCUUUCUACCAAACUGACCAAAGAUAAUUAUUGUAUUAACAAUUAUUAGUUUCAAUUUAAAGA